CGAGGGACUCCGCUCAGAAUUCACCCCUCGAGGCCCAGAUUCACACACACACUCCGGACUGAGCUCUGCCGUAGCCAUGCCAACCACCGUACUGGGAUUGCUGGGAGUUUUGCUCUGUGCAGCUGCCGUUAGUUCUGAGGUCACACCACAGACAGACUUCGACAUCAAGGGGGUGGCUGGGAAAUGGUACCUGAUCGGUUUUGCCACCAAUGCCGAGUGGUUUGUCACCCGUAAGGCGCACAUGAAGAUGGGCAUCGCCGUGCUGACACCGACCGAUGAAGGAGAUCUGGAGAUGGCUUAUUCCAGUCUCAAAUCGGAUGGCACAUGCUGGAAGAUGAACCAUCUCGCUCAGAAGUCUGCUGUUCCUGGAGUGUUCAGCUUCCGCAGUGACCGCUGGGAGACUGAUAAUCACAUGUCCAUUGUUGAUGUGAAGUAUGAUGAGUUUGCUUUGAUCCACACUGUGAAGACCAAGGCCGGCUCCUCCACAGUGCUCGACAAACUCUACGGCCGAACACCCGACCUGAGCCAGGACGUCUUGGACAAGUUCACUACGUUUUCUCUGGAGCAAGGCAUUCUGCCGGAGAACAUCGCCCUCCUGCCUAAGAAUGACGAGUGCCCUUGAUCUGCUGAGUUGAAGAUCCUCUCUGAUUCCUGACUCAUGACUGUAGUGAAACAUUUAGUGUGCCCUCUAGUGUUACACUCUCAUAUCAGUCCCUUUAU